AUGGUGGUAGAUUAUAAGUGUAUUUAUGUAAAACGGUUGGACACCUGGGAUGGGUGGGCGGAGUUCCUCAGAGGCUGCUUCCUGGGACACAGACUGACCGUCCAACGACACCUGUCUAGGGAGAGACCUGUGAUGAGGUUCCAGCUCCGGGUGGCACUCUACAUCGCUGCUUCUCUGGGCCACCUGGACCUGGCCGGCUGGCUGCUGGAGAGGGGGGUGCGUGUCAUUGAGCCGGUGGGGGUUCACCCUUACCGUGAGUGGUGCCACCAGACGGCCCACCCCGACGUCGCCAAGUGUCCCGCUGUCGCCUCCAUCGAGCGCGGCCAGCUCACCAUCCUCAAACUCUUUAUCGCCAGCAGCGUUCUGACCCUUGCCUGUCGGGAUCCCCAGGGUCGUGACCCAAUGAGGAUCGCCCUUCAGUACGGCCACAGGGAGUGUGUGAGUCACCUGGCCACCAAGCUGUGCUCUGUGGUGGUCCUCCCAGGUAUGGCCCUGCCCAUGCGGACAUACCUCCAGAUAAAGGGCUGGGUGAGGCUGGGGCAGAGGAGGGCAUCAUCCAGGCACUGCAUCAGCCCCAACAGGGCUCCGUUCAGGACCAGGGUGGGCGACACGGUCCUGGUGGACGGCUUCACCCUCCCCAAGAUGUCCUCCAAGCCCAGGAGGAGUGAGGCCAAGGCCGGUAUCAGGGUGAUGUCCACAGCCUCUCGACGUUUUACCCCCAUCAACUGCCCAUCUCAUGUAUCCUGCCCGCUCCGCUCCCUGGCAUCCCAGGAUAAACCUCUUCAACUACCGAAGCUACACCCUGUGGCCACGAGGGAUGAAAGAGAGAAGAAGAGGGGAUGUGGAGGGAAGGGAUGUGAGGAGGAUGAGAGUGGGGAUCAGAACAGCAACCAAUGGAGGAGCAGAGUCCCGCUCCCGCCCAUUUCCAGAGACACCAAUCUCAGACCUGUGUUUGCCUCGCCAAACACCGCCCAGAUACUCACCACCUCACUAGAGGCCUUUUCUCUCUCCACUGCGACCGCACACCCAGAGAAAACGCCAUAUACUGUUUGGUCUUGGCCAGGUUAGUCCAAGUUUAAAUGACAGCUACGGUGAAUAUGAAUAUUUCUCUGGAGAUUUCUUAUGGAAGGUGUGAAUACUGUCAGAAGAAGCCUCCUAUAAUCAGUGGUGGUGGGAACACAUGUAAAAGCU